AUGGCCAUAACAUACUCCUUGCCCUUAAAGGAUUGGUACUUUGAAAAGACAUCUGAGUGGACUCUUGAUUAUCCACCCUUUUUCGCUUACUUUGAGUGGUUCUUAGCUCAGUUUGCUGUUUUAUUCGAUAAGGAGAUGCUAGUGAUCAAGAAUCUUUAUUACGAUAGUAUUCAAACUAUAUAUUAUCAAAGAGCGACUGUGAUAGCUAGUGACCUAGUGUUUCUUUAUGCGUAUUUGAAAAGUCUAAAUCCCUAGGGUAAAACUGAUUAUCUAAGAUUUAGCUUUAUUUACCUGAAUGCAGGCCUGCUUAUACUAGAUAACAUGCAUUUCUAGUACAACUCAAUGAUGAAAUUGGUAUUCACAAGAAAGUUUCAUGCAAUGAGAGCGGCCUUAAAUUUCAUUAGAUUAGCAAUUUAAACAGUAGUAGUUUUUGCAAUCAGCUUUGGGCCAUUUAUAUAUUCUGGAUAAUUUAUGUAAAUUUUGUCAAGACUGUUUCCAUUCUAAAGAGGACUUGUCCAUUACUACUGGGCAUCAAAUAUCUGGGCUGUUUAUAUGGCUAUUAACAAGUAUCUUGUUAAUAUUAUAAAGAUGAUAACAUCAGGUUAAAAAGUAUAAAUCGAGUCUAACUCUCAUAUUCCUUAUUGUAAGUCUAAAUAUCAUAACCUUGAUUAGCCAGUGAUUAUUUCGAUGUUCAUGAAAAUAAAUAGGAAAAACUUCGCCUUCUACUUGGCUGUUACAAACUUCAUAGUGUAUAACUUUGGAUUUCAUGUUCAUGAAAAAGCAAUGCUAAUGACAAUCAUCCCAUUAAUCUUUUUGGACAUUUUUGCCUUUGAUAGUGCCAGCUAAAGAAUUAUUUGUGAAGCAUUGGAUAUUUCUAGCAGAUACAAAAAUUAUCAAAAUGGUAAAAUAUUUGCAAACUCAUACUUCCUCUAGGAAAAAUCAGGAACAUAAUUAGGUGAACCCACAGUCACUCAAGUCAUUAGACAGAACUUGUUGAGGAACUUGAUGUCAAUACAAAUGAAGUUCUUGGUAUAUUGUCGAUUAGAUUAAUAUUCAUUAGUGAGGAAGUGGAAAAGACCUAGAGAAAUUGGAGAAGGUUCAUGGGAGUUUGAGAUUGGUGAGCCCAUAAAGCAAUUCAACCCUGAAUCUGAUCUAUUAGCUCCAUCAGGUGAGAAUCCUAUCUUCUUGAGGAAAGACACUAAUGACAGAUUUGAGUGGAGAAUCAGAAAUCUAAAGUAUCCCAAAGAAGUCUACAAUCUAUCAGUUGACCACAACACCUAAGACAUCGUGCUAAGAACAACCAAUAAGAAGUACUUCAAGAGAUUCGAUAUUCCCGACUUGAAAAGGCUAGGAAUAAAAUUAGAUGAGAGUAAUAUUGCUUGGAAAUAUCAAAACAACACAUUAAUUAUUGGCUAUGAUAAGCCAGAGAAGAUCAAAGAAUUAGAUAGGAAAAAGCAACAAGAAAUAUAACAGUUAAGUAAAAAGCAAGCAUAGACUGGAGUUCCGAUGGUAUAGUCAAGUUAAUAGAAUGCCUUAGGCGAUGGAAACGUUGACUGCAAGUAAUAGUGA